AUGUGUGCUUCUGUCGAGCACAUCCACGCAUCGCGGUACUGUACGGGUCAUCCGAAGAGUAGGAGUAGUUCUGGCAGCGCUCGUGCUGGUUCGCGGGACUGGGCCUCUGUGGUCCUGAAACACCGGAAACCAUAUUGUGGAAGGGAGAUCGCAUUCAACGCAAUAUCUCUUGAUGGUAAUUAUCAAGUAAAAAGCUGUAGACGAGCUUUGCUAGAGCAGAACGCGAAGUGCAUGCAAGACGGUUUGGAAUAUAACCCGGAAUGCACCGAAGAAAUGACGGCAUAUCCAGACCUGAGAGUGCCUGAUUCCAUGGUUCAAAAUUUCUCUUCAGCAACAUCCUGUCCUGCCCACCUUCGGGGGACUUACCGCGUGUCUGUAUCCAACCGGACAUCCACCAGACGAACGGCAGGCUGGCGUACGAUGAUCUUCGCAACCAUCUUAUCGCAGAGAGCAGCUUUUUCGUCUUCCCUCCGAUCCGGUGGAUGCGUUGGUGUUGAAUUACCUGACAUCCUUCGAUCCACCGGGAUCACAAUAUCGGAUAUUGUGAAUGCACUUAUCAAAAGCGUGGACGACGAUCUGAAGGUGCCCGAUGUCGCGAGUUUCCCGGGUGAAGAGCUUAAAUACUUUUCCGAAUCCACUGUGAUGCCGAACUGGAGUAUUACAAGGGCCUUCUCUAGAUUCAAAACACUGCGAGGCCCCAUAGACACGGUGGAAUUCGAAGAGGAUAGUGAUGAUGGGCCUAUUUUCUCUGUCACGCUCGAUCUACGCGACAACCUCAAGGAUUUCUGCGAGGACGGUGUUGAGACAUUUUCCGGUGGCCAUUGGUGGCCGUAG